GCCUAAGAAAACGAAGAGCGCGAUGACAGGAAAGGCGGACGAAAAGCACAAAGUAACAAAAAGAGCUUGCACAACAUGUCGCCAAUCUAAGGUGGGCCCAACAGCCCCCGCGACAAGCGUCAACGGGAGGCGCCGUAGCUCACAAUGACACUAGAUUCGCUGUAAUGCCGCGGAGACCUUCCCGGCGCCAUGUUCGAAUUGCCAAAAGUUUAAGAAAGAAUGUAGAUCUGAUGCCUCGUUUAAGAGGACUCCUGUCCGGGGGUAAGCCUAGCUAUCCACCUUGGAAUAGACGGAGAUGGGCUGACAGGUUUUGGCUCAAAAGUCGAUUGGAGGAAGUUACCAGACAGCUGGAUAGGAUAAAGAGAGCGCAGAGCUAUCAAGAAGAUACUCCUCUGUCUCCUCGCUCUUCCUUGGCUUCUGCAGCCCAUUUACCUACGCCCAGUUCGACUGAAGGGGAUGGGUUACCGGAUCCUGCCAGUGCAUUCGGACUAGAUCAGCUAGACCUUGAGGCUUCUCAAGUCUCAGCUCAAUCACUUGAGAGUUAUUAUCUGACUGGUACAGAAAUUCUAAAGUUGUUCAGGGAGUAUGAAACUACCAGACCCUUUUCUGGGAGUGCCGUCUGAUCUUGAUACAGCUUUGCAUAUCUCUACCUACCACAUUGUCCAAUCCUCGACACACGGAUGUCCAUCAACGUGAUACACCAAACGAGCCCUCUGCUCUUUUGGACAAUCAUUCUCAUUUCCUCCCGCCACACCGAAAUGCUCAUUGAACCCUACAAGAACUUACUCUCCAGGCAGUUAAUCGAGCCAGUCCGCUCCUUGUAUACAAUCCACGCCCUUCUCCUCUUCUGUCUCUGGCCACUCCCUGUCCGGAAGCAGAUCC